UCUCCGUUUCCGACUGACACAACGUUUUGUGUGCGAAGCGGCUGUUGGAAAGUUGGAGAAACAUUUCUACUGUUUUAGAGCUGUCCUGCGCUAAACGCGGGCUGUAGUUCACGGAGCGUUUAAUAUUACACCGCUGCACUUAGGGCGGAAUCGAUAACUGAGAGGAAUUAGCUGAGAGCUCUUCCCAGCAUGUCGCUGCCCAAGCGGGAGGUUGAGGAGCUGCGGCCCUGGGUGGAGCGGACAGUGAAAAAGGUUCUUGGCUUCUCAGAACCGACUGUGGUCACUGCAGCUCUGCACUGUGUAGGAAAGGGCCUAGACAAAAGAAAGACAACAGACCAGCUAAGGCCGUUUCUUGAUGAUUCUGCGAGCGGCUUUGUGGAGCGGCUCUUUGAGGCACUGGAGGAGAGUAGAAACUCUCGGGGCAGCAGAGGUUCAGGAGACAAGAAUCGCAAGAGGGAGCUGAAGGAUGUAUUUGGUGAUGAAGUGGAAGGGUCAAAGGAUGGAGAGAGUGGGGAAGUUGCUUCAAAGAGAAAGAGGGUGCCUCGUUUUGAGGAGGUUGAGGAGCCAGAAGUUAUCUCUGGGCCUCCAUCAGAAAGUCCUGCCAUGCUCACAAAGAUGCAGAUAAAGCAGAUGAUGGAAGCAGCCACACGGCAGAUCGAGGAGAGGAAAAAGCAGCUCAGUUUUGUGGCUCCAGUUCCUGCCAGUCAGUCUAGAAUGUCUCAGGCCCCAUCUCAGCCAGAGGCCCCAACCACACGCCCUGUGCUCCCCUCACUGGGUUCCUCUGCAGGGGGAGGAAAUCAGUCCAUCGCCCCCUCCCAAGCUGCUAGCUUCAUGAAUGAUGCUAUCGAAAAGGCUCGCAAAGCAGCUGAGCUCCAGGCUAAAAUUCAGUCCACUCUGGCUAUGAAGCCUGGCAUCUUGGGGGCUCUGAACAACCAAGGACCACACAAUCUUGUAGCACUGGCCAACCUGCAUGCUAUGGGGAUUGCACCACCCAAAGUGGAGGCUCGUGAGAUUACAAAGCCAACACCCCUCAUUCUGGAUGAACUUGGAAGAACUGUUGAUGCCAGUGGCAAGGAAGUAGAACUGACGCAUCGCAUGCCCACUUUGAAAGCUAAUAUUAGGGCAGUGAAGAGAGAGCAGUUCAGGCAGCAGCUGAAGGAGAAGCCAAGUGAUGAUCUUGAGUCUACAUCCUACUUUGACCCAAGGAUGAUUGUGCCACCACCACAGAGAGCCAGAAGGGGGUUCAAGUUCCACGAACAAGGACGCUUUGAGAAAAUAGCCCAGCGGAUACGUACCAAGACUCAACUGGAAAGGCUUCAAAUGGAGAUUGCACAGGCUGCUAAGAAGACUGGAAUCCAGGCCUCAACCAAGCUGGCUCUGAUCGCCCCUAAGAAGGAGCUCGGAGAGGGAGAGGUGCCUUUCAUCGAGUGGUGGGACUCCUAUAUUCUACCCUCCAACGUAGAGCUUUCCUCUGAGAUGGUACUUGAUGGCGUGGAGUUUCAUGGGGUCACAAAUUUGGUGGAACAUCCGGCCCAAAUGGCCCCUCCUGUGGAUUCAGACAAGCCAGUCACACUAGGUGUAUAUUUGACAAAGAAGGAACAGAAAAAACUCAGGCGGCAGACAAGACGGGAGGGUCAGAAAGAGGUCCAGGAGAAGGUCCGCCUUGGUCUCAUGCCCCCACCAGAACCCAAAGUGCGUAUCUCUAAUUUGAUGCGAGUACUGGGGACGGAGGCGGUGCAAGAUCCUACGAAAGUGGAAGCCCACGUUCGAGCACAGAUGGCCAAGAGACAGAAGGCUCACGAGGAAGCGAAUGCAGCACGUAAACUUACAGCAGAACAGAGGAAAGAGAAGAAGGUGAAGAAGCUAAAGGAAGAUCUAAGUCAAGGAGUUCACAUUGCUGUCUACAGGAUCCGAAAUCUGCACAAUCCAGCCAAAAAGUUCAAGGUGGAGGCCAACGCUAACCAGCUCUACCUCACAGGCACGGUGGUGCUGCAUAAAGACGUCAACAUUGUGGUGGUGGAGGGAGGACCCAAGUCCCAGAAGAAGUUUAAGAGGCUGAUGCUGAACAGGAUCAAAUGGGAAGAACACAACUCAAAGAGAGAUGACCCUGAUGGUUCAGAUGAAGAGGGAUCAAAGAAAACCAACAAGUGCACACUGGUUUGGGAGGGCACAGCUAAGGAACGCAGUUUUGGGGAUGUGAAGUUCAAGCAGUGUCCCACAGAGAACAUGGCACGAGAGCAUUUUAAGAAGCAUGCAACAGAACACUAUUGGGACAUGGCCCUGAGCCAAAGCAUUCUGGAGAGUGCUGAUGAUUGAGACCAACGUGACGAAUCAAAAGAGACCUGAUACUUGCAGCAUAACCUGUGUGCUGCACAUACACUGUGUUACGGACAAUAGAGAGAACAAGAGAGACUGUUUUGUGUGUAUGUAUGUAAAAUAUAGACCGUUGAAGAAGCAGUAAGAAGUGGAUCAUGAGUAUGUGUGGUUAAAGAUUGCUUGUUCUGUCAGACGGAUACGGAUUUAUCAGAACCUGUUGAACUUCAGUGACCGGAUUUGAUUGAGCCUCUUCUUCAGAUAUGUAUAAUGUAUCUUCAACAGUGAGAGACAGUAGCAUCCAAAUGGUUCCCCUGUGUAUCAGUACUGCUUGCUGAGGGUUUUUUUUUUUUUUUUUGCUUUGCAGUACCUGAAGCUAAAAUCAGCUGCAUUAUGGCUGCUCUUUUGGAAUACUGGCUUCUGGUCACAUGGACUUGAAGGCAAUAUGAAAAAUAUGGCUUCAGUGCACAUGAGUUUGCUUAAAACAUGCACAUAUUGUUGCUGGACUGUCUGGGACAAAGAUCCACAUAUUUUCCAUGUUCAAUGAAAAAGGCUCUUUCAUUGUUGAAUGACACAGCUGGAUAUAAUGUUGAGGUAAUUUUAUUUCCCCAUAUUUUUCUUUUCUUUUUUCCCCUCUCCCAGUUAGAAUUUAUUUGAAUGUACCUAAACUGUUGUCAACUACAGUAAAGUUUUGGGGAAACGCC